UACGCGGAAGUUUGAUGGGCAUGACAAAAUCAAGCAGAAAGCUGUAGAUGACGAGAGAACCUUGUUCGCAUCCAUUUCACUGCGUCACACGACAAAAUCCUCCAUAUAUUCUUAUCCACUCUCAUGUUAUUUUCCUGUAGUAGAAGCCGUUGGAGAGAUGAGAGAGAUUCAUACUCUUCUUGCCUGGUGCUUUUACAACACUUCAAAUUUCGAGAAUUGGGGAAAUGGGUUUUUAUGUAAACUGGUCCAAUGCGUUUAAUCUGACGUUUGAUUCGUGGAUUAGUGCUGUUGCGGAGACAAUUUUGGUUUCUGAAAUUGGGUUUGAGGUGUGACCACACCUUUUCAGUUUUUGAUAGGUGAAUGAAAGGGUGCUUGGUUUCGAUUUGAUGUUUCAAAGAGGGUGAAAAUGGAGAUGAGUAUGGUGGACAAAACCAGAAGUGUGAUUGAAAAUCUGGUUAGAGAAGGAUCAUUCAAAUGGUUGAUUAAAACCCGAACUUUCUUUGGUGAAGAGUUUGAGGAGAUGGGAAAGUCUCAAUCUUCUGGAAAUAACUGGAUUACAGAGCUCGCUCCUAUGGCAAAUCUAGUGGUUCGUAGAUGCUCAAAAAUCCUAGGAAUUUCUACGAGUGAACUUCAAGAAAAUUUUAAUGCCGAGGCUUCUGAUUCUAUAAAGCAUCCAUCACUGUAUGCACGCAAUUUUUUGGAAUAUUGUUGCUUCAGGGCUCUUGCUCUGUCCACACAAAUAAAAGGUUAUCCAAAUGAUAAGAAGUUUCGACAACUAAUAUUUGACAUGAUGCUUGCUUGGGAGUUUCCAGCUGCUUCUGGCCAACUAUUGGACAAUAUUCAUGAUGUUGUUACUGUUGGGGUAGAGGCCUUUUCUCGAAUUGGUCCAGCUGUUCCCAUCAUUGCCAAUGUUAUUAUCAGUGAUAAUCUUUUUGAAGUGCUUACAGAAUCAACCGCUGGUCGGCUUCAGUUCUCUGUCUAUGAGAAGUACCUUAGUGGAUUAGAAAGGGCGAUAAGAAAAUUGAAGACCCAAUCAGAGUCAUCUCUCCUUUCUGCAUUUCGAUCAGCAAAAGGAGAAAAGGUUCUGGAAGUGGAAGGGACAAUCACCAGCCAGCCGGUUCUUCAACACGUGGGAAUUUCUACGUGGCCUGGUCGAUUAGUUCUGACAGAUCAUGCAAUCUACUUUGAAGCACUUCGUUUACUGUCUUAUGACACAGCCAAAAGAUAUGACUUGUCUGAUGAUUUAAAACAGGUUAUUAAACCAGAGUUAACAGGACCACUGGGAACUAGACUUUUUGACAAGGCAGUCUCGUAUAAAUCAAUAUCCUUAUCAGAACCGGCUGUGAUGGAGUUUCCUGAACUUAAAGGACAUACUCGUCGUGACUAUUGGCUAGCCAUCAUUCGAGAAAUACUAUAUGUCCACAGAUUUAUACAUAAGUUUCAGAUUACAGGAGUUGAACGGGAUGAAACACUUUUAAAGGCCAUACUUGGAAUUCUGCGAGUACAAGCCCUUAAAGAAAUAAGUUCUUCUAUCCCUCUCUGCUGUGAGUCUCUUCUUAUGUUCAAUCUCUGUGAUAAACUUCCAGGUGGAGACCUAAUUCUGGAAACACUUGCAAACAUGUCAACCUCAAGGGAAUCAUACCGGACUAACAAUUUUAUUGCUAAAGGUGGAAUGUAUUCAAUAUCAUCUUUGGCCAUGGCUUCUAACUUAGGCUCUGUGUUUGGAAUGAGUUCAAGUGUUCCCAAUGAGGCUGGGCUUGUUGUGGGGGAAAUUGCUGUAGGAGAGAUGACUUCACUGGAAAGAUCAGUCAAAGAGUCUAAAAGCAGCUAUAAGGAGGUGGUGAUUGCACAAGAAACAGUUGAUGGAGUUAAAGUAAAUGACAUUGAGACCAAUUUGGCAGUCAUGAAGGAGUUACUAUCCCCUGUUACAGAACUUGGGAAGUGGCUUCUUUCUCUGGCAUAUUGGGAAGACCCUUUGAAGUCUAUGAUAUUCUGCUCGGUUUUCACGUAUGUUAUUUGCUGGGGAUGGUUGAGUUAUGCCUUUGCGUUGACAUUCAUCUUUAUGGCUGUGUUUAUGGUACUUACUCGGUGCUUCAGUCAAGGAAGGUCUGUUAAUGAACUGAAGGUAGUAGUACCUCCGGCCAUGAACACCAUGGAGCAGCUUUUGGCUGUUCAAAAUGCCAUUUCACAGGCUGAAGAGCUCAUCCGGGAUGGAAACAUUGUUCUUCUCAAGUUACGCGCCCUACAGUUGUCCAUUUUCCCUCAGGCAAGUCAGAAAUGUGCAGUUCUUCUUCUGAUCACGGCCUUGAUUAUGGCCUUUGUACCAGUUAAAUACAUAAUUCUACUGGUCUUUUUGGAUGCAUUUACAAUGUAUUCGCCUCUGCGGAAAGCAAGCACGGAAAGAUGGACAAGAAGAUUAAGAGAAUGGUGGUUCAGUGUACCAGCAGCUCUUGUUGUUCUAGAAAGGGCAAAAGAAAAUAAAAAGAAAAGGUAAUCUAAUUUACUUGUUAAUGUACAUAUGUUAUUGUACUACGAUAUAUAUAUAUAUAUUCUUAAUAUCAUAGGAGAGGAUUUCUCAAGUGUGUAAAUCUGUACAAUUGAAAUGGAAACACAAUUAGGAGAAUACAAAUCAACUAUGUGCAGAAGGAUGCAACGUGAUUUUUAUCAUGAAUUAAUGUAUCAUCCAUCUUAUGCUAUUUUACUUCGAAACUUCCAAUCUAUAA